ACGGACAGGGAAGGAACCGAUUCUGAAACCCUAAGCCUAGAGAGAACGCGAAAGCCCUAGAGAAAGUGGGAUAAAAAUGCCGCUCCACACGCUGGACGCGACGGUAGCGAACUUCGGGGAGGUGAUGGAGAAGUUCAAAUCGGAAGCAGCGGAAAACAAAACCAAUCUUAUCCUCUUCUUGGCCGACAAAGACCCUUCCACCUGUCUCAGUUGGUGUCCUGACUGUGUGAGAGCUGAACCUAUAAUCUAUAAGAAGCUGGAAGCAUCAGCAGAUGAUGUGGCACUUCUUCGAGCUUAUGUCGGUGAUAGACCUACCUGGAGGAAUCCCAAUCAUCCUUGGAGGAUUGAUUCAAAGUUUAAGCUCGCUCGAGUUCCCACACUUAUUCGAUGGGAAGAUGAUGCCAUCAAAGGGCGCCUUGAAGACCAUGAAGCUCACCUUGAGCACAAAAUUGAUGAUCUUCUUGCCUGAAGAUAAGAUGUUGUCUUCCUUAGUAAGGAUGGCUAAAGAGAUCUAUAGGUUAUGAAAUAAUCAGGGCAACUAAACCUGUCGGUUCUUAUCAGUUGCACUUACACAUUUGCUAAUGCACUUAUGCAAUGAUCUGCAGUACAGUGGCCAAUGAAAUACUAUUACCAUGUUAUAAUGUGA